CUCCACAGUCCCCACUCCCCACACCUCUCUACAUACACUCCGUUAUCGAUAUAUCUAUAUCUAGUGUUUUACAAAACCCUAAUAUUAACACCUAACACACACACACGGCUUCUGCUCUCCAGUUGAAAUCCAUCAAGUAAAUCGGAGAUCGGAAAAUUAUGUCGGACGAAGAGCAUCAGUUUGAAUCGAAGGCCGAUGCCGGCGCUUCCAAAACCUACCCUCAGCAAGCCGGUACUAUCCGUAAAGGCGGUCACAUCGUUAUCAAAAACCGAGCUUGCAAGGUUGUAGAAGUUUCUACCUCUAAGACCGGCAAGCAUGGUCAUGCUAAGUGUCACUUUGUUGCAAUUGACAUCUUUAAUGGGAAAAAGCUUGAAGAUAUUGUGCCCUCAUCUCACAAUUGUGAUGUCCCUCAUGUCAACCGAGUAGACUACCAGCUGAUUGAUAUUUCUGAGGAUGGAUUUGUGAGUCUGUUGACUGAAAAUGGCAACACCAAGGAUGACCUGAAGCUCCCAACUGAUGAUGCUCUUCUGACUCAGAUCAAGGAUGGAUUUGCAGAGGGAAAGGACCUGGUCGUGAGUGUGAUGUCUGCAAUGGGGGAGGAGCAGAUUUGUGCUCUCAAGGAUAUCGGCCCCAAGUAGUAUUCUCCUCAUAAACUCUUUGCUUUAUCAGCAGAACUUUUUCUGUUGUAAUACUACUAGCAAUUUGCCAUCAUCUACAGUUCAUGCUAUUGUUGACUUUUCUGUUUGGGUCAUGAACAUAAAGUACUUUUACUUGCUCUCGAUGUAUGCUGAAUUUAAUUCUACCAUGUUUGUGAUGUUUUCUUGGGAUCUGAUAAAAUGCAGCUGAUUAUUUGGUUUA